AUGACGACGCAAGAGAUGUCAGCACGUACGAUCGAGAAGGUGGUCGUUCAUCCACUCGUCUUGCGUAAUAUCAACGACAAUCACAACCGCAUGGGUACUCAGAUAACGCGUACUAUCGGUGUUCUUCUCGGCACUAUCUCCCGUAUGCCCUUCGAGGAGGAUAUCCACGGCCCAAUUGAUGCUUGGCGUAUUGAUGAAAACCAUCUUCAGUCAAUGUUCCGGAUGUACAAGGGCCUUAAUGACAAGGAGCAUGUGCUUGGUUGGUACAGCGCAGGCCCUACUAGACCCACAAGUCUCAGAGAGCGUGAUUUGCAUAUUCACGCUAAUAUCUUGAGGGACUAUGUUCCCAAUCCGCUUUGGGUCGUUAUUGAUGUCCCGCGUGUACAACCCCUAGAAGCUUACUACUCUAGCAGCAACGAAGACGACUUUGUCCGUGUGUCUACAGUAAUUGCUACUCCUCCUCCUCCUAUCAGCGGCCCGAGUGUCCUGGUGACUCAGAUGACUCCGGGUGGUGAGAACGGCCGGGUGGAUUUUCUCGAACGUUACUAUACGCAUGUCAAAAACAGUGUUAGGAUUAGCGUUUCGGGAUAUGACACUUCGCUUGAUGUUGUUGAACUUGUUGGAUAUUUGGAGAAGCACUUUGAGUCAUGUGGUUUGAAGGACAUUAGGGUGCCGACACACCCGGUAACCGGUGCGAUUAUCAGCAGUUCUGCUACUGUGGUUCUCCGUGGAGAAGGUGUAGCAGAUAAGGCGUUGGCUCUCAACGGAAGUUACGUUGGAGGAUGGAAACUGUCUGUCACCAUUUUACCACCCGUGUUGGAUGUGAUGAGCACUGACAUGACUGCCCGCGAGUUUGCUCUUGGUUACGCCGCCGCUGAGAACCCCUUUUAA